UGAAAAUGUUUUAUUCUUGAUCUUUCCUCUUGUACAAGACACUCUCUUGAUUUAGAUUAUACACCUGUAUUUGUGUGCGCACUUGAUGUCGUGUUUUAUUAUUUUUCUCAGGGUUAGCAAAUAAUGGAAUUCUUUUCUUUCACUAACCCUGUGAUUGGCUCCGUCGUUUGUACAGCACUACAGGAAAAUUGACUGUUAUGUAGCUGCAUGCUAAAAAGUCUUUGUUGUGGCCAACUGAGGGGUUUAAAAAUUGAGCAGCCAGGACACCCCUCAUAAUUUGGUUAUUAUAGUUCUCAUGAUUUGCAUGGGGCUCAGUAAAUCCUUACAUACUGAGGGAGGGUGGUCUGAAGAUAUCAUGUCCAACAGAGGGAGAAUGAGGCCAUCAACAAUGGUAGUCUACUCUAUUCCCAACUGCUGAUGCUCUACUUAACUUUAAAAAUUCAUUCAUGGGACGAGGGCAUUGUUGGCCAGGUCAGUAUUUAUUGCCCAUAGGGCAGUUAAGAAUCAGCCACAUUGCUGUGGAUCUGGAGUCACAUGUAAGCCACACCAGGUAAGGAUGGCAGUUUACUUCCCUAAAGAACAUUAGCGAACCAGAUGGGUUUUUCCAACAAUCAACAAUGGUUUCAUAAUCAUCAUUAGACCCUUAAUUCCAGAUUUUUACUGAUUUCAAAUUUCACUAUCUACCAUGGCAGGGUUCAAACCCAGGUCCCCCAGAACGUUACCCGAGUCUCUGGAUUAACAGUCCAGUGAUACCACUAGCCCGUCACCUACCCAUUAUCAAGAACAAAAUACUGCUGCUGGAAAUCUGAAAUAAAAACAAGGCAGUGGAAAUACUCAGCAGGUCAGUUACCUUCUAUGAUGAGAUCCGGCUCAGGUUGUGAUGAUCCUUCAAAGGGCCUUUUUAAUACGUUUGUUCAUGGUUUGUGACUGCCGCUGGCCUAGCUAGUGUUUAGGUAUUUUCUAAUCAACCUGUUCCGAGAUGUUGAUACACACACCUCUGCAGCAGGUGGGACCUGAACCCAGGUCUCCUAGCUGAGAGGUUGAGACCCUACCAUAAUAAUCACCAGUAGCUAUUGUUUACUGUUCAUCCCUAAUUGCAGCGGAGAAGGUGGUGGUGAACUGUUUCUUUCAAUGGAUGCAUGUAGGUGCAUCCACAAUGCAGUUAGGGCGGCAGUUCCGGGAACAAAGGAAUAUCCAACCAAGUCAAGAUGAAGAGCAGUUGGGAGAAUGUGCAGGAGAUGCUGCUGAUCAUGUCCUUCUGGAUGGUUGUGGUCAAGGAUUGGAAGAUCUGAUGAGCUCUGAUGAAGAGUCACCUAGACAUGAAACGUUAGCUUGCUCUCUCCCCAUGGAAGCUGGCUGACCUACUGUGAUUUCCAGCAUUUUUUGUUUUCAGUACAGAUGCCAGCAUCUGCAGUAAUUUGCUCCUAUGAGGUUUGGAAGACACUACCUAGCAUCACCAACACCUGAAAGAUGAAUUCUGUUCUUCCCCCACAGAUGCCUCUGUCUGAUCUGCUAUUUCCAGCAAUUUCCGUUUUCAGUAAAAGGCACGUCAUAUCUUGCCGCACAAAAUCAUUCGCACGCAAUUUGUGCUGCAAUUCUGAUGAGCGUCCUCCGUACAAAAUAGUAGAACAUGAUUUCUACACAAAGGCCAAGUUCAUUUGUGUAAUCAGCAGAGUUGCCUUUUAUGUAUAAUAGGCGAUGAAAUAAUUGUUUAUAAAAUGCAAAGCACGCAAGAUCAACAUUGCAGCAAGGAGCAAACGCAAUAAAGUCAACGACAGAAGCCGGUCAUAAUAACGCCGCCAAGUUCCUUAAUUCAGCCCUUCCUUUAGAAGGUUAUUUGCUGAGGUCUGACGCAAUCAAACAUUUACGGUAGCUCAUUAAGACAUCGACUUUCCACCGCCGGCUUCUUGAAAAUCCGUCCAACCAGGAAAUGUAUUAAGUAUCGUGACUGUAACAAGUGCAGCAGUUACACCGCUUUCUGCUCAGGGCUGAUUUCCGACUAAGUGAUCAUGUCUACAGACAGCACUCCAUGGAGUUCCAAGACUCAGAGCCCAGCCUCAAAAUUGAUUGACAAGUCCAAAGAGUCACCUUUUGUUCCAAUAGGCAUGACUGGAUUUGCAGCAAUAGUCGGAUUGGGUCUUUAUAAAUUGCGAACCAGAGGGAAUACCAAAAUGUCCGUGCACCUUAUACACACCCGUGUGGCUGCACAGGCAUGUGUAGUGGGAGCUGUGACCUUUGGUGUCCUGUAUUCCAUGUACAAAGAAUAUGUGGUGAAGCCAAGAGAAGCAGAUCUCUCUAAGUAAAUGCCCUCACUGCGUUAUGCUGAAUGUAUUUAUGGAUUAUUGUUAAUGUUCCACUUGGUAUUGAGGUGUCCUCGCUGAACUAAUUACACCCUCACAAAUGGUUUGACAUGAAAUGCAUUUUUCCAAAGGUUGGCAGUUUCAUAUUUUGCACACUGGCUUUUCUUUGCACUGAGAAUUUCCUGUUCAUUAAUAAACACAAAGGAUUCAGUAA